UUAGAGCAUUUUUCAUAGCGCUCAGGCUCAAGCAGAAAAGGCAAGUUCCUCUGGAAAUACUCCUUUGGAAUUUUUUUAGAAGAGACAGGACUGGACGAAGAAAAAAUAGUAAGAAAAGGGUCAGAAAAGCGACGAAUCCGAGGUAAGCUCUUUGAAAGCAACUUUGCAACAAAGCUAUUUAAAAGCUAAAAGUAACAAGUUAAUGACUUUUGGAGUUUUCUUUCAAAUUUUUGGUUGAUUAUGGAAAAAAGAAAGAAAAGUAUUUUAAGAACACUGGGCCAGUUUAGCCAGGUUUAAUGAAUAACAAAACCUCGUUCUGGGCCAUUUUCAGUUUACCGAACGCUUAAUUUAAGUAGCAUUUAUCGUGAACAAUUUCAUGAACGCAUAUGGCUUAGACUAGAAAAUCAUUUGUCUCCUUAAAACAACCCUCUAAGGACUGAGAGAUCUGGAGGUCCAAAGAUUUCCUAAACCGCGGUCUAAGUUAGACUUCGUUUCAUCAGCAACAGUUUCUGGUUUUAUAAAACAAGCUUAACUUUAUGAAGUCGUAGAGUGAGUUAAAGAUUUGAUUUGCGCUCUUUGACCAGUGCUAGUGUUUGCGAUUUUUUUUUUCUUCGCUUUGCACAUUUUAGUAUUCAUGUUUAUCGAAAAGAUGCUUUAGAAAAGAUUUACUGAAAGAACAACUUGAUUUGUUUUUUAAGCUGCCUUUGUCAGCGGCGACGACAGUUUUUUUUUCUUUUUCAUUUAAAGCUUAGAAGCUUUUGUUUUGUCAUAAUUUUCAUAGCUUACUUGAAGGAGACGAGAUGGCAACUGCCCAGGCGAUAAGAGAGCAAGAAAAGACAGUUAGUGUAAGCCUUUUAAGAGAAACUAUUUUUACAUUUCGUGAAAAAUUCUCCACAGAAAUACUUUGUUACUGUGACCGGGAGGGACUGAAAUCUACUUCUUAUUCAAAAUGGUGGUUAACUUGCAAUCAAACGCAAGAAACUCAAGUCGUUGUUGUUUAUUUUUCUUUAUUCAUGAUUAAAAAAUAUUUUCCUAUUUUAUUUCUAGUGGUCAAGUAUUUUUCCUUCUCAACAAGUGACAGAGCAACAAUCAGCUUUGUUUGUGAAGAAGCUUCUUGCAGUUGCUGUAAGUACAUAUACAGAGGAACAGAUCACCAAAUGUUUUUAAUUUAAUUUCUUAAAUUUUUUGAGUUAUAUUCUGAUUUCUGAACCACGAAAUAUUUAAAUUUGUUUUCAGGUUUCAAGUAUAACUUAUCUCAGGUAAGAAUUACUUGUUGUUUUUAUUGUCUAUUAUUUUAUUAAAAUUGGUUAGGUUAAGUUUUACUGAAAAUAGUAGAUUUGGUAAUUUCUUAAGGCUGGUGUGUCUGAGUUUUUUCUUUUUUCGGUAGAACCAUAUUUCCAGAACAUGCGUUUGGAGACAGAUGCUUAGAAGGUACCAGUCAUCACUCAGCUUAGUGAAAUACAUAUAGUCAGUGAACGUGGAACCACUUUUUAACCUGAACUUAUUAGUAUUGAAUAGAUACUGACAUCCAGCGUUAAAAAUACUCAGUGAUAGGGUUAUAUCAGUUGGCUAAGACAUUUUUUUUGUGCUUUUGAUGCAGAUCUGAAUUUGAAAAUCCUUAAAGAUGACAGCGCUUGCCCAGGUGCAUGCCAAGUGAUACAGUGGUGAGGAUAAAUACAUAUUUUUUCCGACACACACAAUGCAGCUGUGUAAUAUGCAAACUUGUCCAGCUUAUAAUAUAAUUUCAGUAGGCCAGACAAAGACUCUGGUAGUAUUUUUUAGCAUCAGUUGAUAAAGACUGGUAGCAUAUAAAUCCAUCACCCUGGUAAAAUUUCUUACAACUACGUACUGAAGAGUUUUGCUGGACAUGUAUAUUGAGUGUGUGGUUGUUAAUAGAUCUGAAUUAUAUGAUCAUAAACCCAUGACCACAUCAUAAGGAUCCAACACACCUAGGUCUUUUACCUUGCCUAGUAAGCCUACCUUUUUUCAACUGGAUUGACAUAUACCUCUGCAGUUACUAUAGCUGCCCUGAAUGUCAGCCUCAAAUACCUUCAACAUCAUUAUUUAUGUAUUGUCUUCAGUUUAUGGCAACUUUGCUGUGAAUUUUGUGUACAUUAAGUUCCAUGUGGCUCUCUCAAUAAAGUAAUGACUUUUAUAGAUCUGGCCAGGUUAAUGUUUAAAUGUUGCAAUGUGGAUAGCACUAUUCACUGGAUAAGUCAUUAUACACCUGAUGAGUUUAAGGAAAACUGAUUGCAUUGCUCAUUGGAAUCAUACUAGUGAUUUCAAAUUGAACUUGCACUGCGUGCUCAUCCAAUUCUAGAAUCACUUGUAUGAUUUCAGACCAAAUAGCACUCCACUCAGUUCAAUUACCAUUAUAAAUAGAGAAUUAACGAGUGGCUAUCAUAAUCCACCUUUUUAACAACUCACCACUUUUGUACAGAGUUUUACACUUGCAGCUGAUUCAGUGAAGUCACACUUAUGCAUUCUAUAUUUUUUGAUAAAUAAAUACAUAUUAUCAGUGGUAAUGUUGUUGUAUGUUUUUAUAUAUUCUGUUAAACAGGAUAAAAGGUUGCUUUGAUGCUCUUGAUAAGAAAUAUGUAAGUUUUUACUGAUGUUUCAGUUAAUAAUUCAAGGAGCUCAUAACCUGAUACUUAGUCCAUGCAACAGCAUUUUCACAGAUCAGGGCCGGGUUCAGUGUUCAAAGCAGGGUUAAGAUAAUCCAAGGUUAGUGCGAAAUUUGAAUUUAGAGAUGAAAGCUUAAAAAGCAAAUUCAGUUUUAUCCUUUUUACCUACAAUCUAAUGAUUGGAUGCUCUAAAAAGAAUGGAGAAAAUUAUGCGGGAAAAUGCUUUUGAACAACAAAAAAAGAAACCCAGGUUAAAAUUUAACCCUGAGUUAGUGCUAAUCGGCCUUCGAACAACUGGGCCCAGUUCAUUUUUCACAUAAUUUUUUAGUCCCUUUUUUUGUGGAAGUAAAAGCACCAUGCAGUACAAUUCAUGGUAUGAUGAACAAAAAGAAAAAGUAGAUGCAUCAGAAAUACUAUUUUCUAGCCUUCAGUUGCAUGGGCACAACAGAUCAGGGCUGCUUGCUCUGGAUUAUGGGCUCCUGACAAUGCCUUGUAACAGUUUGCAAAAUUAUGUACUUAUGCAAAGUCUUAUUUUAUUCUUUUCUCUUGCCCUUGCAGCUCCGGAUGAUAGUAAUUGGGGUAAGUAUUAAUUUGCAUAAGGUCAACUCUGCCCUGAUCUGUCUAAUUUGAAGUUUGUAGAAUUAAGUGAAAUUUGAGUGCUUAUUUUGUUUGAAACAGAUUUAUGGUGAUGCAGAGGACCCUGAUGUGAGUAAUACCUUUCUAUUGUACUUGAUGAUAAUAACAAAGAAUAAUGACAGAUUUCACAGAAAAUAUAUCAAUAGCAGAGAUACGAUUGUCUUUCUUUUCGAGGAAACAUAACAGUAUACAAGGCUUUCAAGUUCUGACAGGUGUGGCUUUAAGUUAUCUUAUUUUGAUGAAUUUAUAAUGUUUUUUUUUUCUUUUAACAUGUAGACUGUUAUAGAGUCCUACACAUUCAAGGUAAGAUCUGUUUUAGCCUAUACAGCGUAACCUCUCCUUACGGACAUCUCUAUAAUACAGACACCUCUCUAUUAUGGACAGUUCGUUUGGUCCCAGAAAUGCCAAAAAUCAUACAUUCCCUACCUCUAUAAUAUGGACACCUCUGUAAACCGGACACUCGGUUCUGUCCCUUUGAUGCCCGUAUUGGCCAUUUGCACUAAAAGGUCAUGUGACAUUAUUUUUAUGAAAAUGAAAGUUAUAUGAUUUUGCCUUCAAAAAGCCAUUAGUGGGUCAUAUCUUAAACAAAAUAAUAGUUUUUUAGUUUUUCAAACCCACACCAUUUUCUUGAAAUGAGUCCAUAGCUGGUCAUAUGACCAAAAUGUGAUUUUUAAAACUAUGAAUUACUUCUUUCUGAACAGAAAUUUUGCACUCAAACUUCAAGGAAAUUGUUGAAAAGAUGAUGUUGUAACGUUUUCAGCACAUCUGAGAGUAACUAUCAAACGUUACUUUUGGCCGCCAUGUUGGAGGGCAAGAGUAUGCCCUCUAACAUGGCGGCCAAUACAAAUCGUACUACUUUGAAAUCGUACUACUUCAUACUACUCUACUUUAAAUCAUACUACUACUACUUUCAUACUACAACUUGUCUCUUUCGCUCAGAAACAUAGCGGUAUUCAAUGAAAUGCUGACGCACACCGUCUAAUUGUUUGAAAAUAUGCAUUUCUAUUGCACGUACUCAAUCAAACCGAAAAUACUGUCAAUGGUUACUGGUUACUGGUUACUUUCUGAAAAUCGCAAAAGUUAAUUCCCAGCAAGAAAAACCAAUCUGUCCUGAUCGCAAAAAUUAGUUCCCGCAAAACAACAGCAAAAAAUACCAAUCCGAAAAAAAUAAACUCUCGCAAAAAUUUCGUGCCACACGGUACAAACACUUUGCAAUUCUUAACAACACUAGAGAAGUGGUUGAGGCACUUGCUUCUCUAGCAAUUUUCUUGUGUUCUUGAAUUUCCCGCGCGUAUAUAUAACCAGAAGCAUAUCAUGAACCCUGUUCAGGUUUUAUGCUGUCGGUGAAGAAUUAAACUCAAUUAUUAUUUUCUUCCAUAGUUUUCUUACAUGGACAAGGAAGUCAGUAUCUUCAGGUAUUUUAAAUAAUAUUGCUUUUAAAAAAACUUUUGUUUUUCAAAAUAAAAAGUGCGUCAAGGCUUUAACUGCUUUUGUUCUUUCUUGUGCUUAGGAAUGGAAAUAAAAUCGCAAGUGCCCACACAGAAAGAGAUACUAAAAAGGCAACGAUACGCUUGCUAAGGUAUGUCUUUUACCUUAUAUAGCCCGUUUUAGUGGAUUCGUGGCCAGGAAAAAUUUGUUUAAAGAGCUCCUGAGUAAACUAUAAAAGCAACGGAGUCGACACUCUUUACAAUGUCAAUGACUGAAACAGUAAAUGGCCAUGGUUAGUACAGCCAAAAGAAUUGGAGAGUAAUUAAAGGAAUAAUUGCAUUUUCCUUACAGAACGAUCAUUCUCCUCAGUCAAACUCUGUCCUCACUGCCAGGUAAGUCCUAAUGCUUUUUUCAACGAAACAAAAGCGCAUGCCAUAGACCAACUCUUUUGCUCAAAGUAGUAAGAAACUAAAAGAGAAGUUUCCAUAAUUUUUUUGUUCUGAUUAGACCUAACAACAUAGCCAGUGACCUAAAACAAUAGAAAGCAAUACAGUAACUAAAUAAAAAUGUCCCUUACAUGCCAAUGGUACGCUGAUUUUGUGUUUUCAGUGUGACUGUUAUAGUUUUCACAGAUUUUAAGAACCUCAUGCUUUUUUUAGAUGACGUAAUGAUGACAAUGAAAUUGCUGUACUAUGACGAGGGUGAGUAAAACUGUCUGGCGCUGGCUUUCCUUGUGGGUUGUAUGUUACGUUUGCAGGUUUUUGAGUAGCACUUUUUCCUUAUGGAUAUAUCGUUAUUACUGUGAAGGCCCUUCGCAUCGACCACACCGUUAUCACGACCUCCACUUGGAUUAGCCUCGUUCAUCAAACGAUAAAUCAAAUGGUCAUCAUGCUUGGUGUCUGAAUGAAAAGUAAUGAUUAACCCAACGUAUCGCCUUUUAUCUUAAUUUAUUAAAGUUCCCAAUUUUGCAUUAAACUAACGCUGAUAUACGUGAUAUCAUGCAGAUAGUAAAAAUAAAAUCAGACUUGUCACUCGGUCAUAAGAGCCAUAAGUGUCUUAAUAUGACGCAAACCCGUUGAUAUGACCAAAUUUUCAUGGUCCCUCGCUGGUUAAGUGUUUUGCCGGGUAUACUACAGGAGCUAUGGGCUAUUAUCUUUCCUGUUUUUACUGAUAACAUUCACUGUGACGUAUAUUCACCAUUGUAUUAUUUAGUUAUCAACAACAACAAUUCUAACGUCAGUGUGUUGUUUACUAGUUACACCCCCUGAUUAUGAACCACCAGGCUUCAAGGUAUUUAUGCAUUUGACAUGUAUUUCACUUAUAUUCAUAAGUAAAUUGUUCGUAAUAAAUACUAUUUCUAUUAAAUUUCAUUUAGCACACGUCGAACGAUGAGUUCAAUUUCGUAGACGAGCCUUUGAAUAUUAAAGUUGGAGAUGUAUCAACGGUAUGUUGUUUUCAUUUAUUACGAAUUCAGAAUAUCAACAAACGUUCUCGAAACUGGGGGCAGAUAACAUCGCCUUCAGAUUCAGGAUUUAUUUUCUAGUUAAAACUUCCUACAAUCAAACCACUCCGCGACGGCCACCUUGGGAACAGAACAAUGACCGUGGCUGUUGUGGAGAGGUGGCCGUUAUGGGGAGGUAGCCGUCAAUGUGACGAAUUUAGUUAGGGAAGUACAACAUGUUAACCCUUUAAGCGCGAAGAGUGAUCAGCAUCAAAUUUCUCCUUGUAAUAUCAAUGCUUUGUGAAACAGAGUGGUCAUGAGAAUUAUGGACAUGAUCACACAAGAUGAAUUUGCUUGAUAUUUUAUCAACUUCUCCUCACUACUUCUGUAGGAAAUGAAUAGGGUCAACAAUUCUUGGGUUGCACGUGACGUCACCAAAAAUCAAACUUAGAAACUAUCGAUUCUUCUGAGUUUCUACUUUCACGAGGUAUUACAGUACCUAAACACCUUUACAUAAAAAAGUUUUUGGUUCGAAAGGGUUCUUCGUUUUGCGAGAGAGGACUCUUGAAUUCCAAGGCUUUUGCGUGACGCGGCAUUUAGAUGGCGGCUGGGAAAGCUCUUACGUGGGUUAAAACAUAACCGAUUUUGGGAGAUUUUGCAAUGUAAACAUUCCUUGUCUCAGAAUAAAUAUUACUGUAAUCUGUAUGAGUUCCUCAAGCGAAGAAUUCACGCAUUAGUAGGAAAACUAGAAAACAGUUGGUAUCCGGCGGCCAUAUUGGUGUUCCUGAAAGGGACACCAACAUGGUGUUUCCAUACAAAGCUUUAUAAAUUUAAGUAAACCGUUUUUCCCAAUAUCUCGCAUUUGAAAUAUUUCACAGACCUGAUUCUUGGCAAGGGUUUUUGUAUAUUUAUCUUUUUUUAUUUCCCAGAUUCUAGUCCUUCUAUAUUGAAUGGUUUGCAUUUUUAUUUUUCAUUGCGUGACAGUGCAAGCCAAGAAUAGAGAAUUCAAAUUUUGAUCUUAGGGUUUAAAGGGUUAAUUGUGCCAAGUUCAUACCUACUGUAUCCCAUAAUGGUAAUCCACUCACAAUAAGGAUGUAUAGAGCUAAAAUACAUACAAAACUUAAAUAAUUUUUUUUAAUCAAAACGUUAACAUUACCAAAAGAGUAAGGCUCGCAACAUUCGCUAUAAUUAUCGUAGACAAUUUAUGCUUACUGCAACAGUAUUAAAUGAGACACAAUCAAAACGAUAGCCACGAUCAUCAACGCGCCAUGGAUCAAAUUUAAUGGCCAUUCCUGACUUCAUUCGUCACUCGCUGAAAAAACUGGCCGUUGUCGAGAGUUUAUUUUGACAGUUUGGGACGCGCUAUGGUGGCCGUUGUCACGUUGUAGAGAGGUAAACAAGAGUCCAUGUAUGGACUGUCCGCUCGGACGAAAAAAAGUGGCCGUUGAGGAGAGGUGGCUGUUAGUUAAAAUGGAUAUGCCACGAAGAUAACCGGUUGUUAAAACAGAUUUUUUUCCCUUAUACUUACAGUUAUGCUAGUGUGACUAAUUCAAAGCAAUACUAUCUGGGUAUCUUUGUACUGUUUCAGUCCUGACACUAUUUUCUCUUCCUUUCUUUCAUGUAUUUUUCUGGUUUUGAAACAUCUGCAGCCAUUUCAUACGUAAGUAUUUAAGUUAAAACGAAGUGAGUUGUGUCAGUAUCAUGAGAUCUACUACACUACUUCAGCAAGUGUUAGGUUAUACCCUUUCUACCUUCACAGAGUAAAGCUGCGUAUUAAAACGGACUGCCAGCAGUUUGACAUGAAAGAGGACGUCAUUGAGGAAAAUCACAAACAAGCCGAUAACAUUGAUCUGGAACCUGUAAGCAGUCCUUCAAAUGAAACUAAUUCACCAGAUCUCGCUCCCGAGCAAGCGAAUCAAACUAAGGUAUUGCUGAUUACUUUAUGUCGAUCAGAAGUGUUUUGCCCAGGCUUACUCCAGUUAUUAUGAAACGUCGUGUUUAUUCAUCUAUGUCCAGGUCAACUAGGAUGAGAGACUGCUGAGACUGAUAGUAACAAAUGACGUAGGCAUACGCGUGUGUGCGAGUUUCCCUGGUAUAUGACUUACUGUAAAAUUAACAUGUUUUGAUUUGCAGAACAUUGAUUGCUAUAACCAACUCUUGUUUUAUGUUUGUCGGCAAAGCCAGUCGACAGCCUUGAUAUCUGGCAUGAUCAUGAUGAUAGUCGCAUCAUAUCUCACUAAUGAGCUCUAAACAUAGGUAAUACCAGUGGCUUCAUGUUCGUUUAGCUUUAUACGAGAAUGAUCCUUUUAUUUUCCUUUUUAGUCACCAGUUGAGAAUGACCAGGAAAAAGGAGGUAUUACAGAGAAGAAGGGAGGUAAUAACACUACUUAUUGUACUUUGAUUUCGUUCACUCUCGUGGUGGUUAGAUUUUUUUUAUUUUGUGCGAUAAAGCUCUAAGAGAGAGGUAUAGGAGGGGGAAGCCUUCCUCCCCUCCUCCCCAUGAAUCGAGACUUUCUAAAAAAUAAGGGGCGAUUUUUUAUCCUUGUUUUAGAAAUGGAAGAUAUGGAUUGCGACAAAGUGCAUGCAGGUACAGCAUGUUGCAUGCUUUUUCUUAUUCGCUUUUGCUUAGUUGUUUAUUAUUUUUUUCAUGACGUUUAUAAUCGACAAUUAAAAUUCGUACCGUCGAUCAUUGUUUGAACAGUUUAAAAUAUUCUUUUCAUCAAAUAAACCCAACAGAUCAGCCAGCAGAGGAUAUCGAGCAGGAAAACCGAGUCAAGUGCCCCUGCGGAGAUGAUGAGGUAUGACAGACGUUUAAAGACUACUUCUUUCUUAGCUUUGCACAAUAUAUUUUUUCAAUUGACAAGUCGCUGUGACCGCGCAUAUCAGAGGGAGAACAAAUGUUUUUCUUUUAUGACUGUGUAAUGCUGCGGCAAAGUCCUCCAACGAUAAUUCAUUUCAGAGAGCCUUAGGACAGGCUCAUUUUCAUGGUUGGCAAUCAAUAAUAUCCUUCCCCUGCCUCCUCACUCGAUCGACUGCUUAAAACCUUGCACUGGUAAGGUUUUGGGUUAAUAUGGUACGGUUUUAUGCCUCGGCUCCAACUCUGAGAACUUGAUUAAGGUAGAACUUUUCCAACUUAGGAUGAAGGCUUGAUGAUACUCUGUGGAGUUUGUGAUACCUGGCAGCACGCUGUGUGUUUCGAUGUCUUAAAGCAGGAAGAGGCGCCACAAUUUCAUGUUUGUGUUGAUUGUGCCAAGGUAAGACUCUCAGCGAAGGUUGAACGUUGUUGCCUUUUGUUUAGCAAGUAUCUUCAACGUUUAACAUAGACUAUCUUUUUACCUUUGUUUAGGGUGAAUACAGUGGUAAAUGUACGGAUCUUUCUUUGGCCAACCUUAACAAUAUUGCCCUACAGGUGAAAAAAAAAUAUAUAUAUAUAUAUUAAACUUAUCAUUAGUUCUUUUUUUGUCCCUUUAACCACUGUAAAGUACCAUUAUUCUACUGUCGGCCAUAAGGGUAGUGCAGGUGUUCAAUAAUCAUUCAGUGCCGGACUGUUCUUUCACUUUUAAAUUAAAAUGUGCUGUAGUAACUAUGACUAAAUGCGCUUUGCAAACGGCUACAGGGGUCUGCCAGCGGCUUGUACUGACAACUCUUAGCAAUUUCUCUAGCACGAGUAGGUGGUUGAGUGUGCUACCAAAUGGAGUAUAAGCGGCAUACGAGUAAAAAAGACUAGCAGUGCAUCUUUAUUUUAUAUUUCUGGUCCAACAUUUAGUUUGAACCGUUGUAUUUAUGUUUAUUUUUUUAAAUGAACCGGUUGUAUCAAAUGUUAGGCUACUUGUCUGUGGAGAAGAACCUUACUUGCCUGUAGAGAGUUGAACAGGAUACUGCCCACUACUUUGGCACGCUCUCUCAGUGAGUAAAUACUCAGUUAUUACAACUAUUCCAGUUUGAUUGGAUUAAACAAACAUUUUAAUCACUGUAAAAAUUGAUACUCAUUCACGGAUGACGCUUUUAGAUAUAGAAAUGAGCACCGCACAAGGUCUGGUUAAACGCUUGGAGAAAGAAGGAUAUAUAAGAAGCACUCUGAAAGGAAAGAGGUAACUAUUAUUAAUUCAGAGUGUGUCAUUCAUUUUCUGGCCUGUUACAGGGAGGUAAUCCCUUGACAUCCCUGCGGGCCUGUAAAGUAUACGUAGGACCCCGCGUCUUCAGUGCUGUGAAAGCCCCGAUGAAACGCGCCCUAACAAAAGCACGAGAGCAUAUAAGCUGCGUCUUUUAACGGUAUAAUAUUUUCAAUUGAUUAGCCGAAGUUUGUUCACUUUUCAGGCUUGGAAAAGUUGUCAACAAAAAGAAACUGCAGUCAGAGGGCUUCCAGAAGUAUUUCAGAAAAAGAAUUGCAGAACUAGAAUCUGCUGAGCCUUCACAGGCGGCUGUCCAACAAGAAAAAAAGGCAGUGGAUGGAGUAUGUACAACUAACUAGAGUAGUCUCAUUAAACAUGUCAUGAUCUUUCUCCAUUGUUCAUAUGAUUUUAAACGGUCUGAUUACAACAACGUCGUUUCUGUUUAAUGACAGCUAGAGAACAUAACUCAGCAGUGUUCCAAGAUGGAUGUAUCCGGAAAAAAGCAGUUGUCCAAGAAGGUGAUUCGUCUAUAAGCUUCUCCUCUGUCUUUUUCUCUCUUUUUCCGAGUGUAAAUAGACUGCGCGGCAGGCGUCGAAAGAGGUAGGGGAGCAGGAGAAUGCGGAGGGGAUUUUAACUCUUUCCCCUUACCUACCCCUCCCCUUUUUACGCCUGCCACGCAGGUUAGGAGAGUGACUAGCAACGGACUUGCCAUGCCAUUGGUUCGUGAUGGUAGGCUUCUUAAGAGUCGUAUCCAAAGAUGUGUCUUUAUUUGUUUUUAGCAAUGUAAGCGCUGAUUCUAAGACCGAAAGGAACGAAACAUUUCGAACAAUUUGAGACUUGUAUAUGGAACAUUAUAGGUAAAAUCCAGACUUGCAUGUAAAGGCAAACAACGUGAUGUAACUGGAAAACAAGAAACUAUAUAUUUAAAAAAAUCAGCCUGACUGAUUUUCAUUUUUUAAUUUAUUUAUGUUUUAAUAUAGUUGGCGAAAAAGCAAGGAGAGCCAAGAAGUGUCAAGAGAGCUAUAUCAAUGAAAGAUGAGGUCAGUAUGAUUUUCUAACAAACAAGAAAAGAAACUCGAUUCAAAUAGAAGCAUAUUUACGAGCAACAAAUGUUUUUUCUUUCCACGUCUUUCAGGCAACAGAGUUUGAAAUUUCUGACAGUCAGGAACAGGGUUUUGACGACCUUCCGUUAUCCAAAAGAAGAAAAGCAAGCAUUGCAAGGAGUCCAAUUCUAGUUUGACACAAUCAUUACCAGUAUU